GGCCCGAGAGCAGCCGGGGCCCGAGAGCAGCCACGGCCCGAGAGCAGCCGGGGCCCGAGAGGCCUCGUGGAUCAUUGACAGGCCGCUCGGCUUCCUCCUGGUCGAGGGACGCCGGGAGGCGGCUCCUCACUUCCCUCCAGGAGACGGCAUGACCAGCUGCUGCUCCUGGCUCCCACCGCGCAGCCGGGCCACGCCGCUCAGUCCGGGUGAGUCCUUGUGUUUUGUUUCCAUGGUAACACAGGUGAGAGUUUGUGGUGCAAGGCCGGACCGCCUCCACCCUGAAGCUCCGGCGGGUCGACGCCACCUCGGGCUGAGCAGACAGCAUCAAUGAGCCGCCACAAGGGAUCUCCACGUCCAGCCUCGGGUCCGUCCGGGAACCGAGACCGGCUUUGUCCAGUCUGCCUGCAGACGGCCAGCUUCCCAGUCCGGACCAACUGCGGACAUUUGUUCUGUGCUCCCUGCCUGAUGGCCUACUGGAGACACGGGUCCUGGCUGGAUGCCAUCAGCUGCCCGCUGUGCCGGCAGAAGGUCAGUGAGCUGUGUCACCUGUUCAACGAGACUCGAUCCGACCGCCAGUCAAAGGAAGUUCUCGGGGAAAUCACAGACUACAACCGACGUUAUUCUGGAGCCCCGCGAAGGGUGACCGACUACCUGUGUGACGCUCCCCUCCUGCUGCAGCUGCUGGCCCGCAGCCUGGGCACCGUCGGGGGGCUCGUGUGGUUGUUUUUCUUCAGGGUGGCCGUAUGCUGCGUGCGCACCGUGGUGUCCCUCUCCUCCCCCUCGUUGGCAACCCCCCCGGAGACAGACCCCUCCCUGUGCGGCCUGCUCGGGGUCCUGGAUGAUCUGGCGGCGGUCAUCCUGCUCCUCAUCUGCGUUAUCAACAUCUACCAGCAGAUGGCGCCAGAGAGCGAUGGACGCUCACGAGCAGCGAUGGGGAGCUCGCUGUAGAUGUUUGACUUUUAUGUUUAUUACUUCUGGCUGGAGCUCGUUGGACUAGUGGAUUUAAACAUAUUGAUAGCAGCUCAUCCUCUAACACACACACACCCUAUAUAUAUAUAUAUAUACAUAUUAUAUAUAUAUAUAUACAUAAAUAUAUAUUAUCAAUGCAUAUAUUAGAUAUAUACACAUUAUAUAUAUAUGUAAUAUCUAUUACAUAUAGUAUAUACAGGACUGUCUCAGAAAAUUAGAAUAUUGUGAUAAAGUUCUUUAUUUUCUGUAAUGCAAUUAAAAAAACAAAAAUGUCAUGCAUUCUGGAUUCAUUACAAAUCAACUGAAAUAUUGCAAGCCUUUUAUUCUUUUAAUAUUGCUGAUUAUGGCUUACAGCUUAAGAAAACUCAAAUAUCCUAUCUCAUACAAUUUUAAUAUUUCCUCAGACCAAGUAAAAAAAAAGAUUUAUAACAGCUGAGUGUUUGUCAAGGCUCAGGAAACCCUUGCAGGUGUUUCGAGUUAAUUAGACAAUUCAAGUGAUUUGUUUAAUACCCUACUAGUAUACUUUUUCAUGAUAUUCUAAUAUUUAGAGAUAGGAUAUUUGAGUUUUCUUAAGCUGUAAGCCAUAAUCAGCAAUAUUAAAAGAAUAAAAGGCUUGCAAUAUUUCAGUUGAUUUGUAAUGAAUCCAGAAUGCAUGACAUUUUUGUUUUUUUAAUUGCAUUACAGAAAAUGAAGAACUUCAUCACAAUAUUCUAAUUUUCUGAGACAGUCCUGUAUAUACAUAUUAAAUAUAUAUAUAUGAUUUAAAUCCAUAAAAACUAUCUGUACUAUUUGUAAAUACUUGCUAUCAUAUGAAUUCAUGUUUGUGUAAAAUAAAGAAUAUUUAAGAAUAUUAACAAAAAACAAAUGACAC